GGCACGAUGCGCUCCGAGGGCAGUGCCAGGCGCGGCGCCGCCGGGGAGCCUCUGCCCUUCGCCGCCGCCCUCGCCGGCUCCCUCGCGGCGGCCGGCCGCGAUCCCCCCCGCGGCGGCGGCUGGCUGCGCGGCGGCCUCGCCGUCGGGCAGGGCCACUCGGCCCUCCCCCUCCUCCGCCCCCUCCGCCGCCCGGGCGGUCCCGGGGCAGCCGGCUGUGCCCCGCGGCGGAGGGCACACGGCGGGCCGCAGGUGGCCGCACCGCCAACCGGGGCCGGCUCCAUCAUGUGAGGCGGCGGCGGGGCUGCCACUCGCCCCCGCCGCCCUCUCCCGCACCAUGAGGGAAGGGGACGCGGGGCAGCACCCACGGCGCGGACAGGUAGAGCCCGGGCGGCUGCUCCACCUCCUCUCCUGCGUGAUCCUCGUGUGCAGCGCGGAGAUCGCGGCGCUCACUGACUUCGCAGGUUACCUAACCAAACUUCUGCAAAAUCACACCGCCUAUGCCUGUGAUGGGGAACAUUUGAGUCUGCACUGUCCUCGGCAUUCAACAAUAAGUGUUCAGUCAGCAUUUUACGGGCAAGACUACCAAAUGUGUAGUACCCUGCAGCCUGAAACCAGGAUGACAGAACCCAUAAACUGUGUGGCACCCACUUCUUUGCAGAAAGUACUGGACGAAUGCCAAAACCUGAGAUCCUGCCAACUCCUUGUCAAUAGUCGGGUUUUUGGACCUGAUCUAUGUCCAGGAACCACUAAAUUCCUCCUUGUCUCCUUUAAAUGCAAACCUACUGAAUACAAAACCAAAUCAGCAUGUGAAAAUCAGGAACUGAAACUCCAUUGUCAGGAGUCAAAGUUCCUUAUCAUCUACUCUGCCACCUUUGGCAGGUCGGCACAUGAAGAGAACAUCUGCUCGACAGAAAUGGAACGCAUCCCCCCAUUUGACUGUUUAUCUUACACAGCCUUAAAAGUUUUAUCAAAAAGGUGUUACGGGAAACAGAGAUGCAAAAUUAUUGUCACUAGCCAGGAUUUUGGAAGUCCAUGCCUACCUGGAGUGAAAAAAUACCUUAACGUCAGCUAUGCAUGUGUUCCUAAAUUUAUCCUUACAGCUGUCGACCCACUGCUCACCGAUAGCAAGCCCUCUGUGAAACAGAACGAUGUUGUCACAGGUAUCGACUUUGACCCAAGGGAGUCAAGACUUCCAAAGAAAGAAGGAAUUCUUGUUAGCAACUCCUUGGCUACAUUUGCAUACAUUAGAGAUCACCCUGAAAGAGCUGCUCUUCUGUUUGUGUCCAGUGUUUGUGUGGGUUUAAUCUUCACGCUGUGUGCUUUGGUGAUCCGUGUGUCAUGCUCUAAUGACUUCCAGAAAUUGCACAGAAAGAAAGAUCACUUAGUGCCAGAAAGUGAUGGAGCAUAUGAGAACAGUGAAAAUGAGGAGGAGGAGGAGGAGGAUUCCUCCGAUUCGGACUUUCCGGAUGAAAUAGCAGGACUUUACAGACCUUCUUACUCAGGUUAUAAUUCAACAGAAGCUGCGGACCUCGCUGAGAGGAUAGAGCGCAGAGAACAGAUCAUACAAGAAAUUUGGAUGAACAGUGGUCUAGAUAUGACACCACCUAGAAAUAUGAAUACAUUUUAUAUUAAUGAACAAUAAAUGGCUUAUUUUGGAUGAUGCCCUAGCCCCUUUUUUUUUUUUAAAAAAAUGUACCUUCUGUGAAGGAACAUUUGUAUCAGCACAUGUAAUUAUUUGUAAAAUAAGAAGAAAUAUAUGCAAUAAAAAGAGAGUUUCAAACCCACAA